CACUUCUCAUUCGCAUUUCUUCGCUUCAUUUAGUUAAUCUAGCUCUGCAUAUAUAACCCAUCUCCCACUGCAAUUCUGAAACUUUAAAUUAAUUCACUUCCAAGAAAACUAAUUAGCCAUGGAAACUUGCCCUACCCUGCCCUGAAAAUUAAAGCCGUUACUUCGAACCCUAGCAGUCUGGUAGGUCUGGUUUCACACCCGUAAUAUAGGAAAAAAAAAAAGAUUCUCUAAAACAAAAUUGAACAAAUGAUAAGGUGAGGAAAUAAAGGUGAAUAACUGAGCAAUGGAAGCUAAUUACAAGCUAAAUGUGUUUAUUUUAUGUAUUUUUAUUAUUACAAUCACAAUUCCGGCAACGGUGAGGGCCAACAUUGCGGAUUUCGACGCGCACUGGCAAGGUCGAGCAAAAGAAGCGAAGCAAGCCGCCAACGAAGCCUACAAUAAAAAUCCUGCACAAGUCACUGAAAGUUUCAACAAGGAAGUCCACGACACGUUUGAUGCCGCGAAUAAAACGAGAAGGAACUUGAAACAGAAGUACAAGGGUCCAUGCCUGGCUACAAACCCUAGCUUGGUACAGUGUCGAAUUCCUCAUCAAGCUCAUCCGGGUCGACCGUAUUCGCUUGUGAAAGCCGGAUAUCCGUUGCAGGCCUUGUUAGUAGAUUUGGUUGAGGGGCAGAGGCAAAUGCACACUAGGAUUUAGGUGGUCUCAGGACUAUUCGUAGUUCAGAAGAUACAGAUGUAAAGAUCUUUUAAAGACUCUCCGAACGUUUUAUACGAAUUUUUAUGUACCUAUCAAGUGAUUGAUGUAAUACAUGCUAGUAUCUUGACAUGUUGCGUGGAAAACACUAGACAAUUCUUUAAAUAUCACUCAUCAAGUAUUUGAUGAAAUGCCUCAAUAAAUAAACGGAAAUUUUUUU